UUUGUAACAAAAAUGUCAUCUGUUGCAUCAAAAUGACAGUGACAUUUUCAUAUUUUUCAGUUCUCCUUCAUUCAGCAGUUUAGUACAGUCGAAAUGUAAUUGUUGGAUAAUACGAAAUUUCAAGUAUUUAUAUAUAACAUAUCGUUGCAGGCGUUGUGCUAAAUUAUAUAUUGCUUGUACUGGCUAUUUGGCUGUCGUUACAAAAUGAAAACUAAUUUGCUUUUUGGAAUAAUCGCCAACUCGAAAACACGGGUGCGAUGUGUUUUUUGUGGUGUCUACAUACCCAAGGCGAACAAGUGUAUCGAUCAACAUAUAAAUGGAUCAAAACACAAGGAGAAUAUCGAUUUGAUGUCUGAAAAUGGUAUAUCGUUUCACAAUGACGCCGAUAUUUUGUAUUGUAAACCUUGCGAUAUUUAUUUGCCCGAACAUGAGUCUGUAACUAAACACAUCGAAACAGACAGCCAUGCGAACUGGGGAGCGGCAAUGCAAGACCUUGUGGAAGGUGAAUUCAUCAGGCUGAAUGAUUACUUAUCGUCCAAAUCUGAUAACGCAUUUUGCGAAGUGUGCCAAUCGGAAAUUCUCUGUCUACUUCCAAAUAUUGAAGAACAUGUUAAUACUUUGAGUCACCGUGGCAAUAUAGCUGAGAAACUGAAGCCACUCAAUGGAAUAUUUAACUGUGAAAAUGAUGAUGAAGUUUGGUGCAAAGUGUGUGAUGGGUACCUAACAAACUCGGUAUCAUAUAUUCUGGAACAUAUUGAUGAAGACUCACAACAUAUGGAAUGGUUUAUGGAAAUUGAAGAUCUAAUUGAAGACCAAGAUAUAUCUCUAGAGAAAUACUUAUCAAAUGAAUUUGAAAAGUCAGCUUACUGUAAAAAAUGUAAUGUCGAUGUAGUUUGCAAUGUCCAAAGUCUUGAACAGCACAUUCACAGUGAAUCACACAUAAAUCAAUUAAGUGUGAUUGAACUUUUGUAACUUAUAGACAACUUUAAAUGUAUUACAUACUCGGACAUCUAAGUGUAGUUUCUCAAAAUGUAUAACAUAGAAAUCUUAUAUUAACUUGAGCAACUAUGGGUUUCCACUGAUAAAACAUGUAGAGAAACAUAAUUUGUGUUUUCUUCAAAAACAAUUUGAGGAAUGGCUAAGUUUUACCAGCAGAAACAUAAAGUAACUUAAUAUAUCACUCACACAGUCAAACAUAGAGAAGUAGAUAAGCUAGAAACCGCUAUUACAGAAGUCAUUGUUUGGUCCGGAGAUACAACCGCCAUAAGUGACGAAAAUCUGCCAUUCUUUGGAUGUGCUUAUCUAGAUUUAACUGUAUAUGGAACCUUUAGUUGGUUCUUCAUUAAAACUAUUUAGUUCCAGUAUUCUUUACAAAGGAUAAGCUUUUUGAAGAACUUACCUUUAGGCAUCUACAUCCCAUUCUAUGUAUAUUUCUGAAAUGGUUUAUAUAUAUAUUAAUCAGCUUUCAACUAUUUGCUAGCAAGAGUAGUAUUGCUGAGGAAAAUAGUUAGAAUUCAUUGAACAUAUGAAAAGUUCAACUACUGUGUCAUGUUCAAAACACAGAUAUAUAAUAUAUAGAUAUAUAAUCUGGAGCACAUUGUGAAGUGAAAAAAGGCCUCCAGAUGCUUUUUGUUUGGGUUAAUGCCUUCAAUGUUGUAUUUUACAAUGAAUGAAACACUCCAUGUAUCUUAAUAUAUGUAAAUCUCGUGUCACAAUGUUUGUCCUCAAUGGACUCCUAAACCACUU